AAGGCCGAUUUACAAAGCAACCUCGGAGUCGAUCAGCCGUUACACUGUUCUCCAACUUCUCGGAACAGCGUUUCCGUUUCACGCAUCUCCUCACGAGAAUGAACAUAAAUGCGCCAGGUAAGCACGCAUGAGAAGCCAAACACCUCAAGGCCGAGCUUCUGGAAUAAAAUCAUCCUCUAAGUCUAUAAUUAUGCGUGUCGUCGUCUUCGGAGCCUCAGGAGUCCAAGGCGCAGCCCAACUCCCCGUCCUUUCCCGCGCCGGCCACGAUGUCGUCGCCGUCAGCCGAAAUCCCAAACCAUUGGAAAUAGAUGGACGAAAAAUCGAGACGGCUGCGGCAGACUUCAACGACAAAGCAGCUAUCAGCCAGGCUCUCAAGGGUGCAGAGGUCAUCUUUUUAAAUCUACCGAGCACCUCCUUCCACCCUUCAGAGCCUAUCAUCGCAGCCGCCCAGGCAAUCGGCGAGGCUGCAAAGGCCAGCGGGGUCCGUUUGAUCGUCUUCAACACGAGUAUGCCUGUUGCAGAGGUCUCACAACGCAUCAAGUCGCAAGAAGACCGGAGAGAGAUGCGCCGCGUGCUGCGCGAGUCGGGGGUGCCGGUCAUCAGCAUCCAACCCGUCUGCUAUCUGGAUAAUCUUUUGGAGGGGUGGGCUCUGCCACCUAUUCGAGAUCGAAACACGUUGGUCUACUGCCACAAACCGUCACUGCGGGCAUGUUGGAUCUGCCACCACGACGUCGCGCAGCUCAUGCUGGCCGCUGCAGCGCGACCAGAUCUGGCCGGUCGGGACAUUCCAGUGGGAGGACCCGAGGUAGUGCGGCUGCAGGAAUUGGCAGAGAAACUGUCGAAGGCGUGGAGCCGGAAGCUGGACUACGAGAACCAGACAGUUGCGGACUUCUGCGAGAAGAUUUCGAAGACGAUGCAAGGACGGGGCCUCGAGGUUGAUCGCAUUAUCAGCCAGAUGUUCAAAGCGUAUACGUACUACAACGAGUCCCCCGAUCACCCUUUCGUCAUCGAUAUGGGACCUGUUUUGAAGGAAUUGCCUGUCAAGCUUACGCCGAUUGAAGAGUGGGCGCGGACACAUCCAGUGCCGGGCUGGACUUGAAAAAGGGGUAGAAUACCUAAUUCACGCGCUCACAACUUUUACAUCAUAGGAUUCAAAUCACGGUACGCCCGGGGGUGUCUUCCUGUUGUAGCUUUAGUGUCAACACACUAGAACGAAUUCAAAUCAUACAUAGUACGUCAGGGAGUACGUGGGGGGGUCUUCCUGUUGCAGCUUCAUUAUCAAAACGCUAGAACAACCCUCCUGAUUCACAGCAUUCUACGAAUUUAGGUAGUCUGGAAAUGAUUACUUGUUUCUGCAACA